UGUUAAUUAAAAAGAAAAUAAUAAGAUAACAUUUCAAGUAACAACAACAACAACAACAUCAAUAAAAAAGUGAUUGUCGUGAUUGUUUGAUUUGAAAAGUGUACCCAUAGUCAUGAAAGAUCCAGUGGCGCGAUUUUUCGCGUUUCUUCUUAUUAUUUUUGGGAUCCUAUUGUUAAAGAGGAUAUCACCGUCUUCAGCACUUUAUUUUCCACAAUCAAAUUUAAUACUGAGAUUGCCUUCCUUGGCAAACAAUAGCGCAAACUUUAUUUCGAACGUCAAAAUACUUACACUCAGAACAUUAAGAAACGAUUCGACUAUACCGAAAAAAGCGAAAUAUCAGAUUUCAACGAGAAAUAAAAAAAUAGCAACUCUCGAUAAAAAUACCAAUACAAUUUGGUUAUCAACUCUUCCAGACACGAGACAUGUGUUUUUGGAAUUCCUCUCGAUACAAAAUUUAUGAAAAUCAACCAAGGACUAUGCUCGGUCCACUUGGACCAGAAAUUUAUAAUAAUAUUUGUCCACAUUUCCGUAUUACCGAAUACCGAUUAUUGAAUGGCAAAGAUUAUUUUGAAAUAAUAAAUAAUACACUUUAUACAAAUGCUUCGUUGGAUCGUGAUACUCUUGAACCAGAGGGUGGUCCUGGACCACGAGCCGAUAUUUUAGUACAGUGCAUCGUCUAUGAAGAAACCACUGGGGAUCAAUUCGCUUUGCUAAAUAACUUAACUAUCGAAAUACUGGAUCAGGACGAUAAUCCUCCUGUAAUACAAAAUAAUCUAACCUCCGUUAAUAUUACCGUACAAGAAUUCACCGCUGGGGAUAGACUGGAUGAAAAUAAUGUAUUCAUCAGAGAUUCCGACGAGAUGGACAGUAAUCAAUUUACUCUUAGUAUUCUCGAAGAUAUUCACAAUGCUCUAAACUUCACAUAUACCAUAGUGCCCAUCGAUCAUCCGACACAUCCGGAACAUCCUGUAUACACUUUUAUUUACACUAGAUUUCACGCGAAAACUACGCUAUUACCGAAAUCACCUUAUACAGUUAUCCUUCGAGUUAAGGACGAAUCUCUUUUACCAGAAUACGGAGAAAAUGAGGUAAAUGUUACGAUAUCGUUCUACGGGCCGGAGCAUCGAAAAAUGACUCCGACAGCAGCAUCGAUUUCUCUAAAACAUCCGAUCACUUAUCCCGAAAACGUCAGAAUUGCUCGUGUUUCGUCUAGGUACUAUCGUGUUGCACAACCAACAAGUCAAGUCAAUCCAAGAAUAUCUUUCAGUAUCCAUGGCUCGAAAGCUUUCAAUGUUACCGAAAAAGGUGGUAUUGUGCACGUGAUCGACACGAAUCUACUUAAAAUUGCACCGCCCGUUGUAUCUUUGAAAUUAGAAUUGCGAGUAGGUGAUCAAGUUAAAUCAUCCAUAACGAUAAAGGUUAAUUUGAUGGACGUGCAACCAACGAAGAUGCAGAUUUGCAAUGAAAUCGAAGGAGGAAUCAUUCAUUCCUGCGCUAAUGCUGAAUCUCGUCGAGAUUGUGAAUUAAUCUGUGGCGUUGGUGGCGGUAGUAUUCUCAACAACGACACUUAUAUGGGACAUUGCAUAUGGCGUUUGAACAAUAGCAAUAGCUUGCCCAACCAAAUGUCCGAACGUUAUGCAACGUGUUCGCCGAAUUUAAACUUUUGCCCUGAUUACACCUGUGACGAAUUGGAACGACUUGAUCCUCGUAUUUGUCCACAGGACUGUACAAUAGAAUCUGACGUUCACUUCGCAGAAAUGAAUAAGGGUGGUCGUGGAAUAAGAAGUGGUUUAGGAAUAUGUUCGUGCAACGAUAUGUUACAGUGUACUUGUGGUCCCGAAUCCAUUCGAAAGGAUAAUGGUGGUGGUGGUGGUAGUGGUGGAGGUGGCCGGGGUAGUCAAUUUACGAAAUCCAAUAAAACUGGGAAAAACGAGGCAAACGGAAAAUUACGAAGGGAUCGUGACAAAAAUGAGGAACCUGUGACCGAUGCUAGAAAAGCUUCAACCGAAUCUUGCGGACCAAUUUGUAUGAUAAGCGUAACCGGAGCUGCCAUUUUCGUAUUCGUUGUCAUCGUUGGUUUCUUUGCAACUUUGAGAUACAGGAAAACGAAGAAGGGUACUCGUCGAGAAUCCAAACGUAGGGUGAACGGUAGCUCCAAUGGUAUGGGAAUUUUACCAUCCGAUUACAUCGAUCGUGGUGGUGAUAGUCUUCCUAUCAGUCUUGACACCUUUGCAACUGUCAAUCGUCAUCUACUUCCUAAAACUUGUCCGCCGGAUCCAAAAUGGGAAUUUCCACGUACUCGAUUAACGAUCGAACAAGUCCUAGGAGAAGGCGAAUUUGGACGAGUUUUACGAGCCAAAGCUAUUGAUAUCGGUGGUUGGCCUGGACCAACCACUGUAGCUGUAAAAACACUAAAAGAAGAUGCCUGUACUUCCGAACUGGCCGAUCUUCUCUCGGAGUAUCAACUUUUAAAAGAAGCUCAACAUCCUAACGUUAUUCGAUUGCUCGGAGCUUGCACUUCACCAGGUGGUCCAGUUUAUCUCAUCAUUGAGUUCGCUGAAUUUGGUUCAUUAAGAAAUUAUUUAAGACGCAGUCGACAUUUGGAAUCCGAAGGAAGAGUUCUUUGCUUGACGUCAAUUCUUUCAACGUCGCCGAAUAAUAUCAGAGAGGAAUUGCAAUCGGUCGAUACUUUGUCGAAUUAUACGAUAACACCUCGCGACAUUCUAUCCUUCGCUUGGCAAAUUAGCAAAGGGAUGGCAUAUCUAGCAGAUAUUAAGUUGGUACACAGAGAUUUGGCUGCUAGAAAUGUACUUCUAGCUACAGGAAAAGUUUGUAAAAUUUCGGAUUUCGGCUUAACUCGUGACGUUUACGAGGAUGACGCUUAUUUGAAACGAAGCAAAGGUCGAGUACCCGUUAAAUGGAUGGCACCGGAAUCCUUAGCAGAUCACGUUUACACCAGCAAAUCCGACGUUUGGAGUUUCGGCGUACUUCUAUGGGAAUUGGUCACUUUAGGUGCAUCUCCGUAUCCAGGAGUAGACGUUCAUAAUCUCUACAAUCUGUUGAGAGCCGGCUAUCGUAUGGAGAAGCCAGCUAAUUGUUCUCAACAAUUAUAUAAAUUGAUGGUUUCGUGCUGGCACGAGGAACCUGGUAUGAGACCAUCCUUCAAGGAACUCACCUGUCAUUGGGAACGUAUGUUAGAGGAUGGAGUAGAGUACUUAGAUCUGAAUCCAAGAACCGUCCACAAUCAAGCGUACUUUGCUUCUCUUCAUGCAUUGGAUAGUCCAACCAGUUCGGGUGACCAAGGUAUAGAAGAAGCUAAGGAACCAAUAUGUUCUUUUCCAACUGAAGCUGUUAAAUCACCCUACGUGAAUGAUCGUCCGCCGAGUUUGAACACCAAUCAUUACGAAAGUCCAAUUAAAUUAAGGAAUACCAGUGUGACCAGUAACAGCGAAAAUGAUCUGAAAACGCCAUCAAAUGAACGGCCGCAAUCUUACAUAGAUAUGCAAGGAAAGAAAGCAAAAGAAACCGAGGAUUUAUUGGUCUUCGGUAGCUUAGAAAGCAAAGAUGACAACGAUAGUACUAAUUGAAGAUUUAUUUACACUUCAAUCUGUCGAGAAUUUGGAAACAAUUUUAUAGACAAGAUUUUUUAAAUUGAUCACAAGAUGAUCGAUCAAUGAUAUUGACGAGAUGAUAGUGAAGAGGUCGAUGAAAUAUGAUACAAAAAAAAUGAUUUUUCUAGAAAGAAUAUCACUGAAUGUAACAGAAAAGAGAGUCAUAAAUCGUAGUUAUACGAUUGUUAUACCAAAAAGAUAGAAGAAAAAAUUGAUCUAGAUUUAAAUAUUUUUGUGUGUAUAAAGUAUUUUUUUUUUUUUUUUCUUGUAAUUAAGCGAGACGUCAACUCCUUUUCUUACUAUUACUAUUACUAUUGCUAUAAUUAUUACGAUUAACUAUUAUUACUACUACUACAUACACGGUGAUUCUCGAUUAUAAAGCUUAUUUAUAUAAUUAAUAUAUAUAUAUAUACAUAUAUAUGUAUAUAUAUAUACAUCUACAUCUAUAAAUAUGUCUACAAUAUACACGUAUAUACGAUAUACAUAAUAUAGUGAACGAUUGUAUGUACAAGCAAACGUACAAAAUUUCACCACGUGCACAUUGCUAAUCGCAUUUGAGAGAAAAAAGUCAUUUCUCCUAUGAGGCUUGUCAACAGUGCAUUUGAAAGAUUUAAAUGGCUUCCUGGUUUAAGGAUCAUUAUGUGAAUCUUCGUUAAUGAUCGAAAAUCUUAUUGUAGGAAAGAUGAAAAGUUUUUUUGUUUACAAAUGCACGCACUCGUGACUUCAUCGUUUAAAGCUUUUUCAGCGGUGUUGAUAAAAACUGGAAAAUGGCAAUGAUUAAGAGAGACUUUAAUAUACGAAUAUAAAACUUUUUAUUGCGGAGAGUAGGUUUUUUAUGGGGAAACACACGCUCACAUAGAAAAAAAAAAAA